AUGCCGGCCACGCCAGAGGAAACCAUUUGCAGCGUCUCGGCUCUGGCCACGCAAUUAGGCAACCAGAUCUCUGUGCACAUGCUCAAUUACCUUAGCACCACCAAAGACCUCCCUGACGGAUUUCGCGAACUGUCCCAUACCUUCCUCGAUACCUGUCGCACGUUGUGGGCUAUUGAAGCCGGAGUGACUGAACUAGCCGGCGCCAAUCGCGCCCUACCCGAUGUGAUAAUUGAAGAGGUGGAGAAGAAAUUCGUCUCCACGUACCGCGACUUUCAACAACUCGACAAGGUCAUUUUGAAACUUGUUCAGUAUGAACAUCGCGGAACACUGGGGAAGAUUCAGCGAGGAUGGCAUCGGCCAAGCCAUGACCUCAAUCGGAUUCAUGAGUCGCUGAAGAAGACCACGGAGACCCUUCAGAUCAGUGGCAUGGCCUUCCACUGGUCCCUGGGAGACGCACAUCCGGAGGAGUCUGUGGGCAUUGGAUACGCUGGUCUGGCCGCAGCGCUCGAUCGCGUGUCCAAAGGCCGCUCCGUGAUGGGCAUAAACAAGACGCAGUCCUUCGAAAAUGAGCGAUCCGCAUCAUCAUUCAAAAGCCGUUCGCCUGAUUCCAUGCGAUCGGCACCAUCCGUUCCUCCAAAGGAAUCCUUUGCUGCUUCCCGAGUCAACCCAAGCAUUCGCCAAGAACCAGACGUCAUAACGGAUGAUAUGUCUUCUGUCUUGUCUUUGAACGGCUUCCUAAAUACCCAGUCUGGACGUGAUUCCGAAAAGAAUUCCUACUUCGAGCACCGGACACUGCCGCGACGACCGACCAAAACCGAUUCAACGGCUUCUGCUGAGGAGAUUAGCCUGCAGAAUUACAAUCAUUCAGAUACGGACUCUGCCAGCGCCAGGCUCACGCAGACUCUGCUUGCGCACGGCGUCGAUAUCAAAGACGAAACUCGCAAUGGUACAACUUUAUUAAUCGAAGCAAUUCGUAAGCGAGCACCGCAGCAGGCCAUCGAAACCUUGCUCAAUUCCGGAUGCGACCCGAAUCGCAAAGACGAUUACGGCAAGACAGCACUAUGCGAAGCCGUGCAAAGCGACCAGCCAUUCAUCGUGACAACCCUAUUAAACCAAGACGCGAACCCAAAUCUACCGGGACCCGAACACGUCCUCUGGUCCGCCGUCCACCGACCAGGCUGCCUGCGCAUCCUGCUCGCGCGCGGAGCUGACAUCAAAAAGACUCCCGGUCUCAUGGAGCAAGCAACAAGCGUCAACAAUAUCGACGCUGUGCGCGUCCUGCUGCAGGCUGGCAUGGACCCCAAUUCCAAGAAAGAUGGAAUAUACACUCCCCUUUGCUCGUCCAUCCGGGAUGACCGCCCAGACAUCCUCGCCCUGCUACUUCAUCACGGCGCUGACCCUAAUCUAAUGGCAUCCGAAUACCCAGCGUGGAAGUGCAUUACCCACAAACGCCUCCAUUUCCUGCCAGACCUAGUGGCAGCCGGUGCAGACCUGCGCAAACCACCCGGUAUCGUCGAGUGCGCCGUACAGGAGAACCACACGGAGGCUCUGCACUGGCUCGUCAGCGAAGCAGGCGCCAACCCAAACGACCGCAACGAGCAAGGCCACACAGCCGUUACGACAGCCAUCCGCAAGAACCGGCCCGAAAUGCUAGAAUGGUUGCUCGCAAACGGCGCGGAUGCCAACCUGCGCGGCAAAGACUGGCCGAUAUACAUGGCGACGCAGGCGCCGAGCAUGCUGCGGCUGAUUUUGCCCCGCAUAACCGAUCUAGCCGCCCACAAGGGUGUCAUGGAAAAGGCCGUGCAGGCAAAUCAACUAGAGAACGUGAAAUUACUCAUUGCCGCGGGUGCUAGCGUGGAGUGGAAGAACGGCGGCGUGUUCUCGCCGCUCACGACUGCGCUGCGGGAGCGCCAUUGGCUGAUUGUGCGUUACCUUCUGGACGAGGCGGGCGCCGAUCCUAAUGCUCCUGGUGAGCAUUUGCCGCUCGUCAAGGCCAUUCGGAGAUGCGAUGAUGGUGACUUUGCCAUGAUCGAGUUGCUUCUUGAGCGGGGCGCUGAUCCGAAUAAAUGCUACCGUGACUGGAACGCUAUCAUGCAGGCGAUUGAGGACCGUGACCUGCAGUUGUUGCGGCUUUUGAUUGAGAAGGGGGGUCUGGUUGAUCUUGCUCAGAAAGAUGAGAUGGGUACGACGGUCUUGGAUAUGGCGAAUUCUUCUGGCUGGCCGGAAGGGAUUGAGCUUUUGGUUAAUAACGCUCGGCAGUGA